AUGGAAGGUUUUGGGGAUCUGUGGCUAUUUGGGGGUUUCCGGGGGGGUUCGGGGGUCCCGUGGCCACCCAGGGGUGCCCCCCUGACCCUUUUUUGCCCCCCCUCAGAGGACGCCUUCCCCUACGAGGCAGUUUUCGGGGGUCGCCUGGCGGGGCUGCGUCGCUCCCACACCUACCGGGAGUUCACGGCCGUGGGGCGCCGGGCCCGGGACCCCCCAACUGCCCUUUUGGGGACCCCCCCCCGCCUGGUGCAGCUCUGGUGCUCCAACGACUACCUGGGCAUGAGCCGACACCCCGAGGUGCUGCGGGCGGCCAGGGCGGCUCUGGGUGCCCACGGUCUGGGCGCGGGGGGCACCCGGAACAUCGGGGGCACGUCCCCCCUGCACGGGGCCCUGGAGCGGGCGCUGGCGCGGCUGCACCGCCAACCCCGGGCGCUGCUCUUCUCCUCCUGCUUCGCCGCCAACGACACCGCCCUGGCCACGCUGGCCAGGCUCCUGCCGGGGUGUCACAUGUUCUCGGACUCGGGGAACCACGGGAUGG